AUGGCUGAUGCGUCGGAUUCUUCCUCCAGAUCCGCCUUCGCGCACAGCCCGACAGGCGCCUCGAAUUGCGGCGCGAAACGCGGGGCUUUGAUUGUGCUUGAAGGGUUGGAUCGAAGCGGCAAGUCGUCGCAGGUGGCUCGGCUGGUGGAGCAUUUAAAAUCCCGGGAUUUAGGACCAGUGAAGGCGAUGCGGUUCCCAGAUCGCAGCACAACAAUCGGACGCGAGAUAGACGCGUACUUGAGAGAAACGAAGGAGUUUGAGGACCGUCGGAUUCACGAGCUGUUUGCGGCGAAUCGAUUUGAGAAGAAGGAAGAGAUGGAGGGGUUGAUGGGGGAGGGCACAACACUGGUGGUGGACCGCUACUCGUUCUCAGGCAUCGCAUUCUCAGCCGCCAAGGGCCUCGACGUGCACUGGUGCAAGUCCACGGAAGUGGGCCUACCAGCACCAGACGUUGUAAUCUACCUUGACAUCGACCCACAGCAUGCAGCAGAGCGGGGUGGGUAUGGUGGGGAGCGGUACGAGAAGGUGGAGUUCCAGCAACGAGUGGCUCAGCAUUUCCAUGCACUGAAAGACGACACUUGGGUGGUGGUGGACGCAUCUCAACCGUUGGAUGACGUUGCAUCUGAAGUUUGCAAGGUGGCAGAGUCCAUGGUGUGCAAGUGCAAGACCGGGGGACUUCCUCUGCGAUACCUGUGGAGAUGA